AUGACAGCGAUGACAGAGACCAACCAUAUCCAUGAAGUGAUGGAAGGGCCAGAAGGAGAUGAUGCCAAGUGCAGUUUCCAUCACACCAUGUUCCUGGAACCCCAAGAGAAGAAGAGGAACAUGAAGGCUCUGCUGGUUAAGCGAGCAAAAGAAACUUGCAGCUGCACCCCAGCCAAAAUUAAAGAUUGCGUUUUGGGGUUUUUCCCCAUCUUACAGUGGCUCCCUAAAUACAACUUCAGGGAGUACCUCCUGGGGGAUGUAAUGUCUGGUGUGAUCGUGGGGGUCCUGCUGGUCCCACAGUCCAUUGCCUACUCCCUCUUGGCCGGGCUGGAGCCCAUUUACGGCCUUUACACCUCCUUUUUCUCCUGCAUCAUUUACUGCAUCUUCGGCACCUCGCGCCACAUCUCCGUCAGCAUCUUCGGCGUGGUGUGCCUGAUGCUGGGCCAGGUGGUGGACAGGGAGGUGGAGAGGGCUGGCUACCAGCUGGAGCCAGCUGUGCCCAGCGCCCUGCCAGGCCCGGGGGGGCACGGGAACGGCACUGGGAACGGGACAGAGCCGCUCUGUGACAGCGGCUGCUACGCCAUGGCCGUGGCUGCCACCGUCACCUUCAUCUCGGGGGUGUACCAGGUGGCCAUGGGCUUCUUCCAGGUGGGCUUUGUCUCCGUGUACCUCUCGGAUUCUCUGCUCAGUGGGUUUGUCACAGGGGCCUCCAUCACCGUCCUGACCUCACAAGUCAAGUACCUGCUGGGCCUGGACAUCCCUCGCAGCGGGGGCGUGGGUUCCCUCAUCACCACCUGGAUAAACAUCUUCAGGAACAUCCACGCCACCAACAUCUGUGACCUCCUCACCAGCUUCUUGUGCUUCCUGGUGCUCGUCCCAGCCAAGGAGCUUAACGAGCGCUUCAAAUCCAAGCUCAAGGCUCCGGUUCCGGUGGAGCUCUUCGUGGUCGUGGCGGCCACUCUGGCAUCUCACUUUGGGAAGCUGAAGGAGAAUUAUGGCUCCAGCAUUUCAGGGCACAUCCCCACAGGGUUUCUGCCCCCGCGCCCUCCAGUGUGGACCCUGAUUCCCAGCGUGGCGCUGGAUGCCAUCCCCAUUGCCAUCAUUGGCUUUGCCAUCACCGUGUCCCUGUCGGAGAUGUUUGCCAAGAAGCACGGCUACUCCGUGAGGGCCAACCAGGAGAUGUACGCCAUUGGCUUCUGCAACAUCAUCCCCUCCUUCUUCCACUGCUUCACAACCAGCGCUGCUCUCGCCAAGACCCUGGUCAAGGAGUCCACGGGCUGCAGGACGCAGAUGUCCGGCAUGGUGACCAGCCUGGUGAUCCUCCUGGUCCUCCUCGUCAUCGCCCCUUUGUUCUACUCCCUGCAGAAAUGCGUCCUCGCCGUCAUCACCAUCGUCAACCUCCGCGGGGCCCUGCGCAAGUUCAGGGACCUGCCCAAGAUGUGGCACCUGAGCAGGGUGGACACGGUGAUCUGGGCGGUCACCAUGGCGGCCACGGCGCUGGUCAGCACCGAGAUCGGGCUCCUGGUGGGGGUUUGCUUCUCCAUGCUCUGCGUCAUCUUCCGCACCCAGCGCCCCGAGGCGCCGCUGCUGGGCUGGGUGGCCGAGUCGGAGACCUACGAGUCCCUGUCUGCCUACAAGAACCUACAGACCAAGCCUGGCGUGGUGGUGUUCCGCUUCGAGGCCCCCAUCUACUACAUCAACAAGGAGUGCUUCAAAUCCACCCUCUACAAGCAAACCGGGGUCAACCCCGCCUGGGUGAAGGCAGCCAGGAAGAAAGCAGAGAAAAGAAAGCUCAAGGAGAAGGAGGAGGGGUCUGGGGACAAGCAGAGCAGCAUCCCCAUGGAUUUGGGGUCGGAGCCGGUGGGGUUUCACACCAUCGUGAUCGACUGCUGUGCCGUGCAAUUCCUGGACACGGCCGGCAUCCGCACGCUCAAGGAGGUCUGCAAGGACUACGGGGACAUCGACGUCCACGUGCUGCUGGCCCAGUGCAGCCCUUCUGUCAGGAGCUCCCUGCUCCGAGGAGAGUUCUUCCAGGAGGGGGAGGACCAGCUGCUCUUCCACAGCGUGCACCAGGCCGUGGACUUUGCCCUGGGCACGCAGGGGCACGGCGCUCCGAAGAAAUAG